AUGAAGACAACAACGUUAAUCCUGGCCAUAGUCCUCUCCCUCCUCUCUCCCGCCGCCCUCUCCUCCGACGAGAGAUGCAACCCACAUGACAAAAAGGUUCUCCUGCAAAUCAAACGCGCUUUCAACAACCCUUACCACCUCGCCUCAUGGGACCCUUCCACCGACUGCUGCACCUGGUACGUCGUCGAGUGCGACGANCGGACCAACCGUAUCAACCAGCUCCACCUCUUCGCCGCCAAUGUCUCCGGCCAGAUCCCGCCGGCCGUGGCCGACCUCCCCUACCUCGAGCUCCUCACCUUCCACAAGAUCACCAAUCUAACCGGCCCCAUCCCCCGGGCCCUCGCCCGUCUCACCAACCUCAGAUCGCUCACCAUCAGCUGGACCAACGUCUCGGGCCCCGUGCCUGCAUUCCUUGCCGACCUAAAAAACCUCACGUCUCUCGAUUUGUCGUUCAACCAACUGACCGGCCCGAUUCCUCCCGAGCUGGCCCAGCUCAGGAACCUGGACGGGCUGAGGUUGGACCGGAACAGGCUCACGGGCCCAAUACCCGACUCGUUCGGGGAUUUGACCCCGAGCCUGCAGUAUCUGUACCUGUCCCAUAACCAGAUCACGGGGAAUGUGCCGAGAGUUAUGGGUAAAUUGAACUUCACAUUGAUCGAGCUACAGAGGAACAGGAUCGAGGGCGAUAUAUCGUUCUUGUUCGGCAAGAAUAAGACGGUGGGCGUGCUUAGGGGUGUUCAUCGACCGAACUGA